AUGAAGAGCAUCACAGUUUGUGCUGUCCUUGCUCUGGCAACUUCUGCCUGGGCUGCUUCUCCUACUGGUGAGUCUACUCAGGUGGAUUGCUCUAUGUACAGUGGGAAAGGUUCCGGGAUUGCAUGCACAAGAAUAUACAAACCAGUAUGUGCUUCAGAUGGGAACACUUACAGUAAUGAAUGCAUGCUUUGUAUGAAAAACCAACAAUUAAAAAAUGUCGUUCUCAGAAAGAUGAAUGAUGGUGAAUGUUCUACUGCUCAAUCUACUGUUCAACAGGAUGAACUUGAUUGCUCUGGAUAUUCUGCAGCAUGUACCAUGGAGUAUAAGCCUCAUUGUGGAUCUGAUGGAAAUGUAUAUUCCAACAGAUGUAUGUUUUGCAAUGCUGUUCGGAGGAGUCGUGGUGCAUUAACUCUCAGAAACCAGGGAGAGUGUUUGUCUUCCAAAUCACAGUGA